CUCUUUCUCUCUCUCCCUCUGUCGCGUACUUUCAUUUUCAUUUUCAUUUUCUCUGUCUUUUAACUCGAACCCUAGAAAAAAAAAAUACAGAGAGAAAGGAAGGGAAAUACUUUUACCUUUUCUUUUUUUUCUUUUCUCGGGAAACAAGCAGCAUCGAUUUUUCCCACUUCUAAAAGGAAAAUGCAACACCAGAGGCUAAAGCAGCAGCAACAAGCUUUGAUGCAACAAGCUCUUCUUCAACAACAGUCUCUUUAUCACCCUGGCCUUCUCGCUCCUCCUCAGAUUGAGCCAAUUCCCAGCGGAAAUCUGCCUCCUGGUUUUGAUCCUAGCACUUGCCGCAGUGUGUAUGUGGGAAAUAUUCACACACAGGUAACUGAACCACUUCUCCAAGAAGUAUUUGCAAGUACUGGUCCUGUUGAAAGCUGUAAGCUUAUUAGAAAGGAAAAGUCUUCCUAUGGAUUUAUUCACUACUUCGAUCGCCGAUCGGCUGCUCUUGCCAUAUUAUCUCUUAAUGGAAGGCAUCUAUUUGGGCAGCCUAUAAAAGUUAAUUGGGCAUAUGCUAGUGGUCAGCGGGAAGAUACAUCAGGUCACUACAACAUUUUUGUAGGAGAUCUUAGUCCGGAAGUUACUGAUGCAACACUUUUUGCCUGCUUUUCAGUUUAUCAUAGUUGUUCAGACGCAAGGGUUAUGUGGGAUCAGAAGACUGGCCGUUCAAGAGGUUUUGGGUUCGUUUCUUUCCGAAAUCAACAGGAUGCCCAAAGUGCGAUUAAUGACUUAACAGGGAAGUGGCUUGGGAGUAGACAGAUUCGUUGUAACUGGGCCACAAAAGGAGCUACCUCCAAUGAUGACAAACAAAGCUCUGAUGCCAAAAGUGUAGUGGAACUAACAAAUGGCUCAUCAGAAGAGGGAAAAGAGACAGCCAACAAUGAUGCUCCUGAAAACAAUCCUCAGUAUACAACUGUUUAUGUGGGAAAUCUUGCUCCAGAGGUUACACAGCUUGAUCUUCACCGCCACUUCCAUUCUCUUGGUGCUGGAGUUAUUGAGGAGGUUCGAGUCCAGCGGGAUAAAGGAUUCGGGUUUGUGAGAUUCAGUACUCAUGCUGAGGCAGCUCUAGCUAUUCAAAUGGGAAACACACAAUCAAUUCUUUAUGGCAAACAAAUAAAGUGCUCUUGGGGUAGCAAGCCCACUCCACCAGGGACAAGUUCAAACCCACUUCCCCCCCCUGCAGCUGCACCUUUGCCAGGCCUCUCGGCCACUGACCUUUUGACAUACGAGCGGCAACUAGCAAUGGGGAAGAUGGGCGGUGUUCAUGCCUUAAUGCACCCUCAGGGGCAGCAUCCUCUUAAACAAGCAGCCAUGGGAAUGGGUGCUGCUGGAGCAAGCCAGGCAAUAUAUGAUGGUGGGUUCCAGAAUGUUGCUGCUGCUCAGCAGCUCAUGUACUACCAGUAAUGACAAGAGUUAACUUCAUACCUUUAUUUCCUGCCUUUGCAGGUGUUAUUUGACUCGUAAAAUGAUUAGGAAGUUUUCUGUCUUUCUCUUUAUCCUGCGGUGAGGUUAUUUCCCGCAUAUUUACAUCAUAUGCUUGCCAUUUGUAUGGAUGUAUACAUAUUAUGUAUUUUCUUUUUUUUCUAUUUUCUAUCAUGUAGGGAUGAGUUGUUAUCUACAAAGUAGGGAUGAGUGGUUGUGGUGAGGAUGAGCUAUCUAGCAUGGACGAUAGAAACUUUUGAUAAUCUGUUGUAUGAGAAUCUUAUUAAGAGUUGUUUCGCUUGUAUGCUUGUUGAGGUA